AUGGGAGAUGGGGAUGGCGACUAUGCGCUGCACCCUCAGGCCGGCGCCGCUGACGUGGCCGUCUGGCCCGGCGAGCUUGACGAGCAGCUCAUAACCGAGCUCCUCAGCGACGACAGCCUCCUCCUCCUCGGCGCCCUGCAGCAGGUCCCCGCCGGCGACUCGGAGCAGCACUGCUCUCGUGACACAGGCCCGUCAUCUGCUCCCGCCGCGCCGUGCAUCAGCGGCGGCGGCGGCGAGCUGCUUCCGCAGCCGGAGGCGGCGAGCAGGGCCCUGUGCUCGGUGUACACCGGCCCGACGAUCCGGGACAUCGAGAAAGCGCUGUCGACAUCCAGGCCGUAUCCCUGGGGCAGCCCCCGCAACAGUCCAAUGCAUCUUGGCAGGUUGGGAGCGGCGAGUCGAGCGCCGGAGAAGUACACGACGAAGGUGAGGAGCUGUGGCGGCAAGACGCCGAGCGACGGGUACAAGUGGAGGAAGUACGGGCAGAAGUCCAUCAAGAACAACCCCCAUCCCAGGAGCUACUACAAGUGCACGAGCUCCCGAUGCGUCGCGAAGAAGCACGUGGAGAAAUCCACGGACGACCCGGAGUGGCUGAUCGUCACGUACGAGGGCCCGCACCUGCACGGCUCGCAGCCGCUCUUCCCGCGCCCGCAGUGGCUGUCGAUUGACCUGUCCGGCGCGGGAGCGGCAACCUCGAAGACGAAGCAGGCCUCCUCCCCGGCCGCGUCAGCCGCGCUCGCAAGCGACGACGGGGGCGGCGGCUGGCCACCGAGCCAGCAAACAAUGACGCGCGGGCGCGACGACGCCGAGGCGCGAGGAGGGCCCACGGCUGCUGCAGGCGAGAUGGCGACGCCGGGGCCACCUCGGAUCGGACGCGCGGGUGGCGCCGUGUCGACGCAGCCGCGCCUGGUGCUGACCGCGGACUCGUGCGACGACGGCUCCACCGCCUCCGUGCCGCCGCCGUGGGCUGCUGCGUCGUUUCACUGUGACUCGCCGCCUACGACCUGGUCGUGCCAUGACUUCCCCUUCGCCUGGUCCCCUGAAGCUCCUCUGCUUCUGUAG